CCCUCUCCCUCUGUCUCCCACACACACACACUUUCUCUCUCCUCUCUUCCUCUCUGCUUAUUCGGCAAUCGCUAAUCGUCCAAUCAGGAAAUCUCCCUUCCCGUCUCACCAUCCCAGACAUCAGGAGGUGUCUAAUGGUGCACAUCGGAGACGAGGCACGAAACUGAAUUUGUGACUAUCCACCCAGGGCGCUUCCCUUUUGCUUACGAAAAUUAUAAUAAUCCAGAAGUCAUACGGGUUAACGCGGUGGCUAUAACACCUCCAAUCAGCACAGACCUCCCGUGGAUCGAUGGUGAAGAGCAGCGCACUUGAUGACCGGGUUUAAAGUGAAUGUCGAGUGUUUAAAUCUCGUACAAAGGAGGACCAGCACGAAGAGUGAAUUUGCUUAGAAAGCCGUAUAAGUGAACGUGUUCUAUUGUUUUUUUUCCCAAAGACUGUGGCUGAAACCAGACAUCCGUCUUGUUAUUUUCUAAAGAAAACACACUGAGGCCGACUCGAAGAGGGAUUUCCCCGGCACUUUUAAAGAAACCAUUUCAUCGGUCUCGGGUUCUUAAAGAAGAAACUUCUUGCAAUAUGGUGAAGGAUGUCAGCAUCAUAUUGACGAACUCCAGCGAACCAGGGAACAGUUCAAAGUGACCGGGGCGAUGUACCUGGGUGUAGCUGAUGUAACUGGAAAUGAAUGAUGCUCAGCAGCUUAUAGCUUCACAUGUUACUGUGCCUCCAGACUGAAGCACAUGGUCCAAUCACGCAGAAUCCUCGUAACCCGUUCCUGGAUCAUGACACCCCAGUGAAAACCCUUGACAUGGUGCGUGGAUGAAAAACGACAUUUAGAACAAAUGAAAUACACAAAGUUGUAUUUAUGCAUUGAUCCUAUUAAAAACAAUGGAACAUGUAUCACUUCCUGUCUGUUACCAAAAACAUCAAACAUGAACUAGCGAGCCGUGCGGUGGAUUUGUUUGUUUUUUUCGUUAAAAAAAGAAAAAAAGAAUCAACGGUUGGUGAUUUAGUGUUUCUGAUCCCCCUGGAUUUAACACGCAAGGCUUUACCUCAAGUGUCACAUAAGCAGCUCUGCAAGCGCCGAAGCCUGUUUCACGUAAACUAUGAGCUAGCAAAUAAUCUGUAGCGACAGGUCUGCUUCUAUUAAUUGCACCCGUUGAGAGCUGGUGGUGUCUCAUCGCAGUGCAAUUCUGAGUACACUACUCCGCGCUAUGCUUGACAGGAUUAGAUGCAUUUUUUAUCAUUGCACGGAUUUCAGAAGAAGCUGCUGCUGAUCAUCAACAGAGGGAGCAUGCAUUAAAAAGCAGCGCAGUUUGCAGUCUUUUUUAUGAUAGCUUUCUACAGAUUGAAUAAUUUGUUUGCUCUUAGCAAAAUCGUUUCCAGCAAACCAUUGCUACGAGUAUCGUACUCACACACUCACACACACACACGCGCGCGCGCAAAACAUUAACUCUUUCAACCCCAAGAGAGGGGGAAACACGCCCUAAAGAUCAAAACAACACCACUUGUUGAAGAUCAAUUUAUGUAUAUAUUUCAAAUCUACUGACCUGUUAAAAGCAUUUCAUUGUCUAUGUUUUUACCAACCGGGGCUGCACCUUUUUUAUAUCCAGAUUAUCUAUCAUUAAAAACAGCUCAACCAGGAAGCAACAGAAAUUAAAGUGUAGUCCUACCUUGCAAAACAAAAAGAAACUCGCUUGAAUUCGAUUUCCCUGGUCUCCUGCAGCAAAUCGGUUGCGAAUUUGUUUUUUUAUAUUAGCGUGUAUUUUCCCUGUGGUCGUGUCCCCCGAUGGUUUUGCCCUGGAAUUGGAAGAGGCUCGGAUCCUGUACAUUGUUCCUCGCCCUCCCGGGCUCCCUUCGCACUAGGAUGUUGCGGCAGGUUUUACACGGAGGGCUGAGGACGUCUUUCUCCAAGCUCGGCCACUUUGUCGCCAACCACCCAGUGUUCUUCGCCUCCGCUCCGGUGUUGAUUUCAAUUCUGCUCGGGGCCAGCUUCAGUCGGUACCGCAUUGAAGAGAACGUGGAGUACCUGUUGGCCCCGAAGCACAGCCUGGCCAAGAUCGAGGGCAACUUGGUGGACAGCCUGUUUCCUGUGAACAGAUCCAAGCAUACGCUGUAUUCGGACCUGCAGACCCCCGGGAGGUACGGCAGAGUAAUCAUUACCUCCUCGGGGAAGGGGAGUAUGCUUGAUCAGCAGCACAUUGACCUCAUUCUCAAGUUGCACAGUUCAUUGACCAGGAUCCACGUGCAGAUGAUGGGCUUCAACUACACCUUCGCGCACCUGUGCAUCCUAGACAACGACAAGGACUGCAUAGUGGAUGACAUCAUCCUCGUCCUGAAGGAGAUGAAAGCAGCACGCUCCUCCAACCGCACUGGGCCUCUGAUCCGGUACCCCAUCACCCACCUGAGCGACGACAGGGAGGUGUACAUCGGGCACCAGCUCGGUGGGGUGCAGACCCACAGCAAGGACCGGGUCAAGUCUGCCGCCUCCGUCCAGCUCACCUACUACCUGCAGUCCAUUAACAAGCUGAACGACAGGGUGGCGGCCGCCUGGGAAACCAAGUUCUGCGAGGCCAUGGAGUUAUUCCAGCGGGGCCACGGGGAGCUCCGGCUGUACCCGUUCACCUCCUCCUCACUCCAGAUGGAUUUCCAAAGGACGAGCAAAGUGGCCAAGCGUCAGCUCAUUACCAGCCUGGCCCUGGUGGGGGUGCUAGCGGUGCUGCUCUGCUCCAUGCGGGACUGCGUGCGCAGCAAGCCCUGGCUGGGGCUCCUGGCCAUGCUGACGAUGAGCCUGGCCACCCUCACCUCCGCCGGGAUCGUGAACCUCAUGGGCGGGAGGUACAACUCAACCUUCCUGGGCAUCCCCUUCAUCGUCCUAGGCCACGGACUGUACGGCACAUUUGAAACGCUCGCCUCCUGGAGGAAGACGAGGGAAGACCAGCACGUGAAGGAGAGGACGGCCAUGGUGUACGCCGACUGCAUGGUCCCCUUCACCCUCACCACCGCCAUGUACAUGGUCACCUUCGGCAUCGGGGCCAGCCCCUUCACCAACAUCGAGGCCGUGCGCCUCUUCUGUCGCAACACCUGCAUCGCCAUCUUCUUCAACUACCUCUACACACUGGCGUUCUACGGCUCCAAUCUGGUGUUCACUGGCUACCUGGAAAAAAACUACCAGCAUAACGUUUUCUGCAAAAAGGUGCCCAAGCCUGAGGUGGUGCAGCAGAAGCCAGCCUGGUACAGGUUCCUGAUGCACACCAGGUACAAGGAUGAGGCCGCCAGCUCCGUGGAGGUGAAUGUGUACGAGAGCCACCUGCUGGUCUGCUUCAUGAAGCGUUACUACUGUGACUGGAUAACAAACACCUACGUCAAGCCUUUCGUCGUGCUCUCUUACCUGGUUUAUAUCUCCUUUGCCUUAAUGGGCUACCUGCAGGUGAGCGAGGGCGCCGACCUCAGCAACAUCGUGGCCACAGAGACGAGCACCAUUGCAUACACCACCGCCCAGCAGAAAUACUUCAGCAAUUACAGCCCCGUCAUCGGCUUCUAUAUCUACGAGUCCAUCGAGUACUGGAACGCCAGCGUGCAGGAGGACGUUCUGGAGUACACCAAGGGUUUCGUGAGGAUCUCCUGGUUCGAGAGCUACUUGAUCUACCUCCGGAAGCUCAACAUGACCACCGGCCUGCCCAAGAGGAACUUCACGGACCUCCUGCGCAACGCCUUCCUGAGGUCGCCCCAGUUCGCCCACUUCUCCGAUGACAUCAUCUUCGCCAAGAAAUCCAACGGCGAGGUGGAGGUGGUGGCCUCCCGCAUGUUCCUGGUGGCCAAGACCACGGAGAAUAAGAGGGAGGAGAUGUACGUCCUCCUAGACACCCUGCGCAAGCUCUCCCUCACCUCCAAGGUGAAGUUCAUCAUCUUCAACCCCUCCUUCGUCUACAUGGACCGCUACGCCUCGUCGGUGGGAGCUCCCCUGCAGAACUCCUGCAUCAGCGCCCUCUUCCUGCUCUUCUUCUCCGCGUUCCUGGUGGCCAACUCCCUCAUCAACGUCUGGGUGACCCUGACGGUGGUCUCGGUGGAGUUCGGGGUCAUCGGCUUCAUGACCCUGUGGAAAGUGGAGCUGGACUGCAUCUCGGUCCUCUGCCUGAUCUACGGGGUCAACCACACCAUUGACAGCUGCGCCCCGCUCAUCUCCACCUUCGUGUUGGGCAAAGACUACACGAGGACUAAGUGGGUGAAGAACACCAUGGAGCGCCACGGCGUGGCAGUCCUGCAGAGCUACCUCUGCUACACCGCCGGUCUCAUCCCUCUCUCAGCCGUGCCUUCCAAUCUGACCCGCACACUGUUUAGGUGCCUGUUUUUGAUAGCCUUCGUCACCUUCUUUCACUGCUUGGCCAUCCUGCCUGUCAUGCUGACCUUUCUGCCUCCCUCCAAGAAGAAACGGAAAGAAAAGAAAGGGGUCGAGAACCGGGAGGAGAUCGAGUGCGUGGAAAUGGUGGACAGCACCCGCGUCGUCGACCAAAUCACAUCCGUUUGAAACCCGUCCGGAGAGAAUCCGGGCAUAACAUCUCGUGAUGAGAGACAGCGAGAGAGAGAGAGAGCGAAAGAGAGAGAAAGAGAGAGAGAGAGCGCACCACAGGAUGU